UCCAUUGCUAACAUCUUAAUUAAUUUUUCCCAGGAGCACACGUUAAUAGGCUCAGACAACUCUCAAGAUAUCCAGCUAUGUGGAAUGGGAAUUCUUCCUGAGCACUGCAUUAUAGACAUCACCCCAGAAGGACAGGUUAUGUUAACACCUCAAAAAAAUACUAGGACAUUUGUAAAUGGUUCUGCUGUCUUGGGUCCUAUUCAGCUACAUCAUGGAGACAGAAUACUGUGGGGAAACAACCACUUCUUCAGGCUGAAUUUGCCAAAGAAGAAAAAGAAGGUGGAUCAUGAGGAUGAAGAGCGAGACAACUCUAUGAAGUGCAGUAGUAGUGUUGAGCAGCUGGACGCAGAUGGAGACAAUUCCAGUGAAGUGUCCAGUGAGAUUAACUUCAGCUAUGAAUAUGCCCAGAUGGAAGUCACUAUGAAGGCACUUGGUAGUAAUGAUCCAAUGCAGUCAAUCUUGCAAAGCCUGGAGCAACAACACGAAGAGGAGAAGAGAUCUGCCCUUGAACGACAGAGGCUGAUGUAUGAACACGAACUGGAACAAUUGCGAAGGCGAUUGUCUCCAGAGAAGCAGCAUUUCCGCAGCAUGGACAGGUUCUCCUUUCAUUCUCCCAGCGCUCAGCAGCGCUUACGGCAGUGGGCAGAGGAGAGAGAAGAAAUGUUGACCCACAGCCUGAGAAAGCUGCGAGAGCAGAUUGUUAAAGCCAAUUUGUACGUGAGAGAAGCCAAUUUUAUCGGAGAGGAACUGGACAAGAGGACAGAGUACAAAGUUACCCUCCAGAUCCCAGCUUCAAGCCUUAAUGCUAACAGUAAGAGAGGCGCGAUUCUCAGUGAGCCUGCUAUUCAGGUUAGACGGAAAGGGAAAGGCAAACAGAUUUGGUCACUGGAAAAGCUGGAGAAUCGACUGGUAGAUAUGAGGGAUCUUUAUCAGGAGUGGAAAGACUGUGAGGAAGACAACCCAGUGAUGAGAGCUUACUUCAGGCGAGCUGAUCCAUUCUACGAUGAGCAGGAAAACCACAGCCUUAUCGGAGUAGCCAAUGUUUUUCUUGAGUGCCUGUUCUAUGAUGUGAAGCUACAAUACGCUGUCCCAAUCAUCAAUCAGAAAGGAGAGGUGUCAGGUCGUCUCCAUGUUGAAGUUGCUCGAGUGAGUGGAGAGAUAGAUGACAGGUUGGUUGGAGGUGAGGAUAGUCCAGAGUAUUCAAAUGAAAAUGACACUCAGGAGAGAAAACUUGUCUGCCGGAUUAAAAUACUGCAGGCUACAGGUUUGCCACAGCACCUCUCCAAUUUUGUGUUCUGCAAAUAUACGUUCUGGGAUCAACUGGAGCCAGUUAAUGUUGCACCUGAGGUGGAUCCUUCCUUAUCUUCCGUCAGCAAGGAGCCACGGUGCAUGGUUGUCUUCGAUCACUGCAAUGAAGUUUCUGUAAAUAUUUCUGAAGACUUCAUGGAACAUCUUUAUGAUGGUGCUUUGGCAAUUGAAGUAUAUGGGCACAAGCAGAGCGGUGACCGCAAAAACCCAGCCCUGUGGGAUUUGGGAAUAAUUCAAGCCAAAACACGCAGCCUUCGUGACAGGUGGAGUGAGGUAACCCGAAAAGUAGAACUCUGGGUUCAAAUUCUAGAGCUGAAUGAGAACGGGGAAUACUGCCCGGUCGAGGUGACUCCUGCCAAGGAUGUGUGCACGGGAGGCAUCUUCCAGCUCAGGCAGGGGCAAUCUCGACGAAUUCAAGUUGAAGUGAGAUCUGUACAGGAAUCUGGGACCUUGCCACUGAUGGAGGAAUCAAUAUUAUCUAUUGGCAUUGGCUGUGUUCAAAUACAACAUGUCAAGUCACAAAAAGUACCUGAAAAUUAUCAGGAAGAAGAGGAUGAAAUGGACAGUUACCAGGAUAGGGAUUUGGAGAGGCUCCGUCGGAAAUGGCUGUGUGCCUUAACGAAGCGUCAGGAGUAUCUUGAUCAGCAAUUGCAAAAGCUCGUUGGGAAGCCUGAUAAAACGGAAGAUGACGCAGAUCGGGAGGCACAGCUUUUAGAGAUGAGGCUAACGCUCACUGAAGAAAGAAAUGCUGUCAUGGUUCCUUCUGCUGGCAGUGGGAUCCCUGGAGCUCCAGCAGAGUGGACUCCCGUGCCUGGUAUGGAAACUCACAUUCCUGUUAUUUUCCUUGACUUGAAUGCCGAUGACUUCAGUUCCCAAGAUAACCUUGAUGACCCAGAAGCAGGUGGGUGGGAUGCUACGCUUGUCGCAGAAGAGGAGGAGGAAUUCUUUGAACUGCAGAUUGUGAAGCACCAUGAUAGCGAGGUGAAAGCAGAAGCCUCCUGGGAUUCCACAGUCCACGACUGUAUCCAGCUCAGUAAAGGAACAGCAGCAGAUGAAAGAGUUUAUCUUAUUGUGAGAGCCACUGUCCAGCUCAGCCAUCCUGCAGAAAUGCAAUUAGUGUUGCGCAAGCGCAUUUGUGUUAACGUGUACGGCAGACAGGGUUUUGCACAAAGUUUCCUCCGAAGAAUGUCUCACCGAAGUUCCAUUCCUGGCUGUGGUGUCACUUUUGAAAUAGUCUCAAAUAUUCCAGAGGAUGCUCAAGGAGCUGAAGAGCGGGAGGCACUAGCCAGAAUGGCAGCAAAUGUUGAAGACGCAGCCUCGGCUGACUCAGAAGCCUAUAUUGAGAAGUAUUUACGGAGUGUGCUGGCCGUGGAGAACAUUCUCACCUUGGAUCGUCUGCGCCAGGAAGUUGCUGUAAAAGAGCAGCUAAUGGGCAAAGGAAAACUCUACCGCAGGAGCCUGAGCUCUCCCAAUGUGAAUCGGCUUUCUGCAAGCCGCCAAGAUUUAGCACCCCCUUAUAACCUCGUCAGUAACCGGAGUCCAAAGGUCCCAGCAGAGGGCCGGUGGGAGAGUCAGCAAGAUGUAUCCCAAGGUGCCACAAAUUCCAGUAGAGGGAUUAGUCCAUCUCGUACCUCUCUGCCGGGCUCUGGGCAGCAAAACCACUCUCCUGAUCCGGGUAUUGGUAGCCUUGCUGCUUCUUACCUGAAUCCUGUAAAGUCCUUUGUGCCUCAGAUGCCGAAGCUGCUGAAGUCUCUCUUUCCUGUUAGAGAUGAGAAAAAGGGCAGGCAGACUUCUCCCCUUGCACAGCAGGCUCUCCCACGAAUUAUGGUUCAGUCUGCCACUAUUGACGCCAGCGCUGCAAGGAUAAAGCAGAUUAACCAAGAGGAAGUAGUGAGACAGCCAUUCGAAACUGCAGUGCAGACGCCUGAGGCGGACAAGAGUCCGGAAAAGACACCCAAAGUGCCUUUGCAGCAGCCCACAGGAGACACCCAGGCGCAGGACUCCCAGGAAGGACCUCCAAGUCCUCUGAGUGAAGCCUCCAGUGGGUACUUUUCUCACAGCGUCUCGACAGCCACCCUCUCUGAAGCCCUGGCAGCAGGAAGUGAUGCUGUGGCUCAACCAGGAGGUCAAAUCCCUGCAGUGAGCGACAUCCCAGCUCCCGCUGUGGCUCAGGUCUCUUCUUCGGACAUGGCAGGGCACUCAGACAGUUCUUCAGAAAGCUCUCUCAGUACUAAGAGAGAGAGUCUGCCCGCCUUCAGCCUUCCAAGUGCUCACGCAAGACCUAAAGACAGCACUGAAGUGAAUGGAAAUGAUGCUUUGAAAUCAAAAUCUUGCACAUCUCCUGUGACUCAGAGUGAGCAGGCUAACGAUGCCUCUGUAGCCACGGAUGAAAAAACCUUUCUUACUACCUCCACUCCAAGGAAGGAGUUGUUAUCCAAACAAUCAAUGGAGUCAGCAGGACAAGCUAGGAAAAAAGAAAUGGUUUCUGGGGCUUCAGAACUGGGGUUUCCCAAACCACAAAUUCAUCCCGACCAACUGUCCCAGCCUAGUGUUGCAGCCUCCCCUUUCAAAAUCCAGAAAGUCAAGACAUCAGAGCUCAAGUCCUUUACAAGCAUGCUGGGGACAGAUCCCACGUGUUCACCCAACACAGAAGAGCAGCAAGAAGGAGAAAAGAGCACGUCUGCUGCCCAUGGACUGAACCAUAAUGGAUCAGAGGUGGCAGAAGAAAAACUAGAGGUGACUUCUGACUCCGAAGACACCAAUGACAUUCCCGAGUGGCUGAAAGAGGGAGAAUAUGUCACAGUUGGGGCAAACAAAACAGGCACCGUUAGAUAUAUCGGGCCCACGGACUUUCAAGAGGGAACAUGGGUUGGUGUCGAACUGGAUUUACCUUCAGGUAAGAACGAUGGCUCGAUCGGAGGGAAGCAGUAUUUCAGAUGCAACCCAGGCUACGGAUUGCUCGUCAAACCAAGCAGAGUUAAAAAGGCCACGGGACCGGCGAGACGGCGGAGCACGGGCUUGAGGUUCCCAGGAGGAGCCGCCGCCGAGAACAGAACCGGCUCAACCUCCAACCUGGCUUCGCUCACAGCCCUGGCGAAAUCCGAAGGAGGAUCCACACUGCGACCAGAGAAGAGCCAGAAAAACGCAGAGAACAGGAAAUCCUGGGCAAACUGA